AUGGCUUGCUGUGUUCCCUGCUGCUGCAGUGUUCCCACCGGCCCCGCCACCACCAUCUGCUCCUCUGACAAAUGCUGCCGGUGUGGAGUCUGCCUGCCCAGCACCUGCCCCCAUGACAUCAGCCUCCUCCAGCCCACCUGCUGCGACACCCGCCCCCCACCCUGCUGUGAGCCUGACACCUAUGUGCCAACAUGCUGGCUGCUCAAUUCUUACUACCCAACUCCUGGAAUGAGUGGGAUCAACCUGACCACCUACGUUCAGCCUGGCUGUCAGAGUCCCUGUGAACCCUGCUAA